AUGGCGGCGCCGGGGCCCGGCGGGGGCUCCUCGGGGGGAGCCUCGGGGGGAGCCCCGGGGCCGCCCCCGGAGCUGCACCCGCGCUGCGGACGCCUCGUGUCGCUGUCCCAGGGCGGGCGCAGCGCCGCCAGGGCACAGCCGGGCCAGGAGUUCAACCACGGGCUGGUGCUGAGCCGGGAGCCGCUGAGGCCCGGCCGCGUCUUCACCGUGCGCAUCGAUAGGAAGGUGAACUCCUGGAGCGGCUCCAUCGAGGUGGGCGUCACGGCGCUGGACCCGGCCGAGCUGGAGUUCCCCAGCAGCGCCACGGGGCUGCGGGGCGGUUCCUGGGUGGUUUCGGGCUGCUCGGUGCUGCGGGACGGGCGCUCCCUGCGCGAGGAUUUCGGGCCGGACCUGGACGCGCUGGCCGAGGGCGACAGCGUGGGCGUGCAGGCCACGGCCGGCGGCGAGCUGCGCCUCUGGGUCAACGGGCGCGACUGCGGCGUGGCGGCCGCCGGCAUCCCCGCCCGCGUCUGGGCCGUGGUGGAUCUGUACGGGAAAUGCACCCAGGUCACCGUGCUGGACGCGGAGACGGAGACGGGGACGGACGGACGCGGGGACGGACGCGGGGCGGACGGAGGAGAGGAGGGGACGGCGGCCGCGGAGGGGAUGGGGGCCCCGUCCCUGACCAACGAGGCGCUGCUGUUCCACGAGAAGUGCGGGGCCCUCAUCAAACUCAGCAACGGCCACAAAACGGCCGAGAGGCGGCGGCCGCUGGACGAGUUCAACAACGGCGUGGUGCUGACCAACCGGCCCCUCAGGGACGGGGAGAUGUUCGAG